AGUUUAUGCCAACGAGAGCUGCUUUAUUUUAUCAUUACUCUCCCAAAAGGAUGAGCAGCUGCAUUCUGUUGGAGACCAUGCUUUGGAUCCUAUGCAUUAUGCUUCAGUCCAUGUUUCACAUGACAUGCGGCUGUGUAGCUGAGGAGACGAUUGCUCUUAUGCAUCUGCUAUCUUCGUUGGUCAAGGCUAACUCACUAGUCCCUGACUCAUGGGGACAGAGCGACGACUGCUGUUCUUGGGAAAGGGUCACAUUCGACGGCAAGGUCGCACGAGUGUCAGGUCCUGACCUUACCAAUAUGUACGCUCCCAUAGGGAAGUCUAUCGCAGAAAGUGAAUGCUGGAACCUGAAUCUGGCGGUUUUCUCCCCAUUACAUGAGCUUCAGCUCCUGGAGUUAUCUCUGAGUUACGCUUGCUUGCAUAAUCUUGAUGGUCUUCAAGGGUUGACAAAGCUCAGGUAUCUCAACCUCAGUGAAAACAGUUUCAUUGGGAAUGAUACCAUGGGAUCACUCGGCAAAUUGGCAUCUCUUGAAGUCAUAAAUCUUGUUAGAAGCAAUAUCAGCGGUACUCUUCCAAAUACAGCUUUCAAAAAUCUCAAGAACAUGCGAGAAUUGCAUCUAAGAUCCAAUCAAUUGAGUGGAAGCAUCCCAUCAUCCUUAUUCGAGCUUCCACGCCUUGAAUACUUGGAUAUUUCAGAAAAUCUCUUCCAAGGGCACAUACCUAUGAGCUCAUUUGCAAGUAUUUCUUCAGCACUGCGGACUCUAAACUUAUCCGGAAAUAAUUUAAAUGGAGCAUUCCAUUUCUUCUGGCUAAGAAACUGCACCAUGCUGGAGAAGGUUGACCUGUCCGGAAACAGUGAUUUGUCUAUUGAUGUGAAGUUCCAUGGACUUGUACCUCCAUUUCAACUGAGAUCACUAGUGCUCUCUGGGUGUAACAUUGACGACAGCAUCAUUGUGGGACCAAACUUCCUAGGCACACAACGUCAUCUACAAAUGCUUGACUUGUCUCACAGUAACUUGACAGGUAGUAUUCCCAAUUGGAUCUUUACGAACAUAGCGACUCUAGUCUAUCUGGAUAUUGCAAGUAACUCGCUAGUAGGAUCAAUAGAUCCAAUGUGGCAACACCAAUCUGCUCUCCAAAUGAUCAACAUCUCUAGCAAUCACCUUGUAGGGCAGCUUCCAACCAACAUCGGCUCAGCGUUUCCGGGUUUGGAAGUCCUUGCUGUUUCUAAUAACGUCAUUUCUGGAUAUUUGCCACCAUCAUUGUGCAACAUUAUCGACAUCAUAAUUGUGGACCUAUCAAACAAUAAAUUUACAGGAGAAGUCCCAACUUGCUUGUUCACUGAUUUGCCUUCGCUGCAAAUCCUGAAGCUCUCAAAUAACAAUCUUGGAGGUUCAAUAUUUGGUGGGUUGGCUAUUUUUCCGUAGGGGCAAUAUACCUUGGCAGCAACAAGUUUGAAGGAACACUCCCUAGCAAUCUCUCGGGCAAUCUGGUAAUUAUGGAUUUACAUGCUAAUAAG